AUGUCUGAAGGGGGGGAGCCCCCCCCCUUAGACCAACGCAAGCGUGGCCGAGGCAGGUCCGGCAUCGCGCGGUCAGUUGUUCGAAGAGACAUCUUCGACAACUCGACCGUGCCUGUCGCCCUCACCCCCGCCGCCGCCCCGCGUAUACGCAUUAUACAUGCUGAAACCGGUGGAGAGGACGUCCACCGGGCUGCUGAAGCAGACUUCGCCGUCACUGUAGCUGAGUCUACAGCAGGCGCGGAAGGAGCCAAGCGCCCGAGACCGGACUCUUCGCCGGAGUCCAUGGAAGGGGAGGACAAGCGCCCCAAGACCGAUGCUUCCACUGCAUCACCACCGUACGGAUCGCCGCAGGAUUCGGCAUCCUCAUCGCGCGCGGCAUCGCCUACAACGGGCGAAGCAAGCGAAAAAGGACGGCCAAAAGAAUUACCACCGCCGCGAUCCCCCUCCCCAAUGGAGGGGGGGUCGCAAGACACCUGGCCGCGUGACUCGACGAGCUACGCGGCACUGCCAUCGACGGUCGAGGAGAGGACAGCCUCCCGUCCCACUUCACCGCAACCGGGGCCGUCAGGGGUCACCUAUGCGGCGGCCGCUGCCGCUCCAGCGUCGCCCAGGAGUCGAGCCCCUGCACCGGUACCAGCCCCAAGAGCGACGCCUCGUUCAAGCUACCCGCCGAUCACGGCGGAACGCCUACCGAACUGGACGAGGCACUUCGAGGUGCUUAAAAACAAGCUAGGACACGCCCCGAACGCACGCCCUUUGGGAAAGGGAGUGCGCUUCUUGCCCGGAUCCGCGGAGGAAUUUCGGGUCAUCCAGCGCCAUCUGACUGAGGCUAUGAACCAGGAUAAGACUAUAUCCUGGUUCUGCUAUAGCCCAGCCGCGGAACUGCCAACCAAGGUGGCCAUUAGGGGGCUACCACUCGACACACCCCCGGAAGAGGUGAUCGCCGCCCUGCGCAGUUUAGGGUUCCCUGCGCAGAGCGCGAAGGCGAUUCCAGGCGGAAGAGGUCGACAUGGGUGCACCUAUUUCGUCCAGCUGGUGCACCUGAAGGAGCAGGAGCUCAGGUCACUAUACAAGACUACUGAGCUCCUGUGCAUGCCCGGCCUGCUGAUUGAAGCCUGGAGAGGCGCGAAGAGCCCGCCUCAAUGUCACCGCUGCCAGGCAUUUGGCCACUCCUCGGCCAAUUGCCAUAGGCAACAAAAGUGUGUUCGCUGCGCCGGCGAACACCUGGCACGGGACUGCCCGAGACCUCUUUCGGAACCACCGACGUGCGCAAACUGCGCUAAGGCGCAUACUGCAAAGGACCGGAGGUGCCCGGUCUUUAAGAAAGAAGCACGAAGGAGGGGCAUUAACGUGCCCGCCCCUCACCCGAACGGACCGAGAGCACAGCCAAAGGGGGACAGGGAGCGUGUCCCCCCGGUAGCACCUAAGCAGGUGGUCGGUCGCCCUAUCGUCGCAGAACCUAAAGCGACGAUAGUAGUCGACCAGCGAACCAAGCAGCCACCCCCUGCGAAGAAAGCCACGGAGGUGCGAGCCAAGCUUGCGCCCCCAACAACUUUGGCGCCUCCAGCCAACCAGCCGACGGCCAGGGACCAGCCUAUAAAGGUGCCUAACAAAAAGAAGAGAAGAAAGAGGGCAGCUAGGCCUCCCAGGACUGAGCCUGCGGCGGCAUCGACGCCGCAGCCCAGGAAGGCAGCGACGGAGCCAAAGUCCGCUCCGGCUGCCGCCACGCGUCCGGUGGUGAGGCAAGAAGUGCCUCCCCCUGCGCAGAUGACUACCUCGGCCAGUGCGAAAGGCCUGGACACCACCAUCAUCGUCCGGGUCUUCAUGGAGGCACUGACGGCAAUCCUGGUCGCCUAUACACAGGGCCAGGACAUAAUACCUGCCAUCUCAGCUGGAAUAGCCGCUCUUGCGAAGCUCAAUUCCAGCUGA